AUGGCAUCAACUUUAACUGUUCGUGAAGCAUUAAAUAUGGCAAUGGAUGAAGAAAUAAAAAGAGAUGAAAGAGUUUUUUUAAUUGGAGAAGAAGUUGCUCAAUAUGAUGGUGCUUAUAAAGUAUCAAAAGGUUUAUGGAAAAAAUAUGGUGAUAAAAGAAUUGUUGAUACACCAAUUACUGAAAUGGGAUUUGCUGGUCUUGCUGUUGGUGCAGCUUUUCAUGGAUUAAGACCUAUUUGUGAAUUUAUGACAUGGAAUUUUUCUAUGCAAGCUAUAGAUCAUAUACUUAAUAGUGCUGCUAAGACUUUUUAUAUGUCUUCUGGUAGAUUUAAUGUUCCAAUAGUUUUUCGUGGACCAAAUGGAUCUGCAUCUGGUGUUGCAGCACAACAUUCUCAAGACUUUAGUUCAUGGUUUGCUCAUUGCCCUGGAUUAAAAGUAUUAACACCCUAUAAUUCUGAAGAUGCUAAAGGAUUAUUAAAAGCUGCUAUUAGAGAUGAUAAUCCUGUUGUAUUUUUAGAAAAUGAGAUAAUGUAUAAUGUACCAUUUGAGAUGUCUGAUGAAGCAAUGUCCUCAGAUUUUGUUUUACCAAUUGGAAAAGCAAGUAUUGUAAAAGAAGGUAGUGAUGUAACAUUAGUUGCAUUUUCAAGAGGUGUUGAAUUUGCUAUUAAAGCAAGUGAAAAAUUAACUAACGAAGGUAUUAAUGUGGAAAUAAUUAAUUUAAGAUCGUUAAGACCACUUGAUACAGAGACAAUUAAAAAUUCUGUCAAAAAAACUAAUCAUUUAGUCACAAUUGAAUUUGGAUGGCCUAUUUGUGGAAUUGGAUCAGAAAUUGCUGCACAAAUAUGUGAAUCUGAAACUUUUGAUUAUUUAGAUGGACCGAUCGCAAGAGUUACAGGUGUAGAUAUACCAAUGCCAUACACACAAUCACUUGAAGAAGCAGCAUUACCAAAAAUUAAUGAUAUUGUUUCAACAAUAAAGAAAGUCUUAAAUAAAAAAUAA